AUGACGGACGGCACGAAUCCUACUACUCAAGAGGAAUUGGCAGAGCCCUUGCUCCCUCAAGGAGACGAUGUGGAAUCAAUUCCCCCCGAAGAUGUCUGUGCCACGACGGACAAUGACGACAACAAUAACGACGACACUGGUGACGGCGACAGCAAUACAGAGUUUUCCUUCCAGAACGAGGUUGCGGAAAUGGUCAACCUGGGUAUUCCCUUGGCGGUCAGCUUUUUCUGUCGAAUGGGAAUGGCGUCUACCGAUUCUGCCUUUGUGGGACACAUUCACAAUGGUGACAAUUCACCGGAAGUGUAUUUGGCCGCCGCCGUCUUGUCGGACAUGAUGGUCACGCUCUGUAUCACUCCGCCAUUGGCAUUCAAUCAAAUUGUCAGUGCCUUGGUCGGACAGGCCAUGGGGUCCAACAAUCCCAAAAUGGCCGGCAUUUGGUUGCAACAAUCCAUGUUCUGGAUCGCCGUCACAAUGACGCCCUGUUUGGUCGGGUUGUUCUAUGUACAGCCCUGUUUGGAAUUGCUCGGAUUUUCGCAGGAAAUCAGUGAGGUGGCGGGACAAUAUGCCAAAUGGAAUCUACUCUGGCCCGUCCCGAAUGGACUUUACCAAUGCCUCCGAUUCUACUUUCAGGCGUGUGGUUUCCCACGUCCCGCCAUGUACAACAAUCUCGCAUUCUUGGGCAUUAACGCACUCUUGAACUGGAUCUUUGUCUUUGGAGGACCCAUCCCGGGUUGGAAUGGAUUUGGAUUUAUUGGGGCUGCCAUUUCCUUGUCCAUUUCCAGAACCAUGCAAGGAGUCUGCUAUUUCAUUUACAUGUUUCUCAUCAAAGAACACCACAAACAUGCAUGGCCCGAUG